GUUGGGACACUAACAGCUUCAGGACGAUUUUUUUUUUAAUAAUGGGGAUGUUAGAUCUAUUUCUCCAGACUUCCAGUUCUGUCUCCCUGUUGGUAACUCUAAUAGUCCUGUUGCUCGUCUACCUUGUUUUGACUUUCAGCUUCACCUCCCAGAAAGACAGGAGGGAACCUGCAGGUCCCAGACCGCUUCCCCUGCUUGGUAACCUGCUGCAGCUGGACCUCAAGAGACCCUACGAGACGUUACUGAAGUUUUCCAAGAAAUAUGGAUCAGUGUUCACCAUCUAUUUGGGACCUAAAAAAGUGGUGGUCCUGGCAGGAUACAAGACAGUGAAGGAAGCUCUUGUCAACUACGCUGAAGAGUUCGGAGACAGAGAUCCAACACAAAUUAUGCAUGAAUCUAAUCAAGGACAUGGUAUUAUAUGGGCCAAUGGGGAUUCAUGGAAAGAAAUGAGGCGCUUUGCUUUGACCAACCUCAGAGACUUUGGGAUGGGCAAGAAAGCUUGUGAGAACAAAAUCACUGAGGAAUGUGACCACCUCACUGAAGUGUUGAGAAAAUGUAAAGGAGAAACUGUUGAUAUAGCCCAACCAAUCCACUGUGCCGUCUCUAAUAUUAUCUGCUCCAUUGUCUAUGGAAGCAGAUAUGAAUAUAAUGAUCCAGAGUUUACAUCUCUGAUUAAAAGAGUAAACAGGCACUUAGCACUUAUGAUGUCCCCUUCCAUACAGAUGUACAACAUGUUCCCACGGUUCUGCAAAUGGAUCGCAAACAGGAAGGAGUUCCGUAACUUAGAUGCUGACAUUAGAAAACACAACCUAGAGCUGUUCAGACGUCUGGAAGAGACCCUCAACCCACAGAUGUGCAGAGGCUUUGUGGAUGCCUUUCUGGUCCACAAGAAAAACCUGGAGGAAUCUGGGAUUACCAACAGCCACUUCCACAAUGAAAACCUUUUGAGAUCAGUUACGAAUAUUUUUUCUGGCGGCAGCGAGACAACAGUAACUACACUGAAAUUCGGACUCCUGCUUAUGGCCAAAAAUCCAAAAAUCCAGAACCAGGUCCAGGAGGAGCUGAGCAGCGUGGUAGGAAGUCGUCAGGUGCAAAUGGAGGACAAGAAGAACCUGUCCUUCACCAACGCUGUCAUCCAUGAGAUUCAGAGACUGGCCAACAUCGCCCCCAUGUCGUUGCCUCACAAAACCACCAAAGACAUCACCUUCCAGGGUCACUUCAUUAAAAAGGGGACAACAGUGUACCCUCUCAUGGUGUCUGUCCUGUUUGAUGAGAGUGAGUGGGAGAGACCACACUCCUUCUAUCCUGCUCACUUCCUGGACAAAGACAGAAAGUUUGUCAAGCGAGAUGCAUUCCUACCUUUUUCUGCAGGUCGCAGAGUUUGUCCCGGAGAGAGUCUGGCCAGGAUGGAGCUCUUCAUCUUCUUUACCAACCUCCUGCAGCACUUUCGUUUCUCUCCUCCACCUGGAGUUUCAGAGGAUGAACGGAAUCAGGUUCAAUUGCACCUGAUCGUCGACCCUUUACCCCAUAAACUGUGAGCUUUCCCUGUGUGUGAGGGGGAGGGCUUGGUAAACAGUGGUGGAAAUGUUCAACAUAACUGAUCUAAUUAAAAAAAUUUGUGUUGAAUUUC